AGGAUUAACAUUAGCAUAACAAGAGGUGCGAAGUUGCCCAGGCGUGAAGUGUGCUUGCCGUGAAUCGGCCAGAAAUGCUGCCGUGACAGGACGGCCCAACGGUGCUUGCCGAGAACACGUGAAAAAACCUCAAUUUUCGCAACGUUGGUACUGUUGCUCUGAACUGUAUCUGGAGACUUUUACUUAAGGUGUUACUGUCUCUAGAGAGACAGGAUUCUUAUAAGUAUCGAUCUGUGGAAAUUCCCUGGAUUCAUGAUGUGAGAUGAAUUUAUCACGUACCCGACCAUGAUCAAGGCACAUGGCAUGCACAGCCGAAGCUUUCCUGGAAAAGCGACAAGUUCACAAUAGAACCAGUUGACGAUAGGACAUUUAAAUCCCCCGUGCCAUGAGUUCCAGUAACUGCUCAGUCGUUGAGGGCAGCAGCAAUCCCUCCCAAGACGCAGAGGGCGCCAUCACCAUGGCCCAAGACGAGAAGAUGACGGAGGAGCAAGGCGGCAAGAAACGCAAGCGCAGCCGCCGAGGGCGCUCUACGGACGACCGGGCACCCUCUGCCGACAAGCCCCGGCGCGAGCGCGCCAACUUCAACGCGGCCCAGCUGCACGCGUUGGAGCAGCUCUUCCAUGAUCAGAAGUACCCCGACGGGGAGCUGCGGGCCAAGAUUGCACAGAGGCUGGACUUGAACGAGGAACGUGUACAGAUAUGGUUUCAGAAUCGUCGAGCCAAGUACAAACGUCUACAGCGGGAAGGAGGCCAUGCUGUCCAGGAUGAACUUUCUCCUCUGGCCAAUUACGAAUGCGGUCAACCGUCCACGAUGGACUACAUACCACCGCAGCUUGAUGCAGACAUGCUUGGACCCGGACCCAGUGCCAUGCAGAAUUUUCCCCAACCACGUGUUGCCAUAGUCAACUCCCACGUUGACAACACCGAUCCAAACCCGGUACAGGAAGCAUCUGCGCCAGUAGUGUGUACCAAUUCCCAUUCUAUCAUCGGUAACCAGGAAGGCGCCUCAAAAGGUCUCGCUCCAUUCGCGAACGGUCUUUCCCCGUUCGCCAACGGUGUUCCCAUGCUUCAGGCGCAGCAACAGCAGGUCAAUCAUGACCACAGGUCGCGCAAGACGGCUGAAUGGAUCAACUGGAAGGACCCAAGUCCAGAGGUCCGAAGUCCGCAAUCCCUAGAUGAGAUGCAUCACAGGGCGACAGAACAGCUAAGCGUGGGAAAGUUUCCCGUCAAGCCAGAGUCAGUGGAGUACCCGGCCGCUAUCAGCCAGACACGGAUGAACGUGGUACCGGCGGCUGGUGUCUGUAGUGCUGGCAUCCCUGGUCCUAGCGUAACAAUGUGUCCGACCAUCGAGCCGUGGUGUGGAAACAGCCUGGAGGCUGGUGGAGCAGUCUCCCAAGUCCCCUCGCUGUCGUGCGGCACACCAGUCGGAUCGACCAGUAAGCAGCGUCUUCCCAACCCAGUUACCUCCGAAGUGGCUCCGUCGGCGUGUUCCCGCACCAAGCCCCACAGCGGAGAGGCCCCUUGUCACAAGGACAGCAAGUGCAUAACCUGUCGGGAGAAGCCCCCUCCUAACCAGGUCUGUACGGCGCUACCGGCCGGAGAGCGCAACGAACUCGACGAAGCGCUGUACCGGUGCGCCGUCGGGUCCAUCCUCGGCAUACGAUCUCUAACACCGCAGGUUAACGGACAAGCCAACGGCUCGACUCCCCAACCUCACCAAACGAGGCCAUCAUCAACACAGGCGACGGACCUUCUUGAAAAUUCACCGUUAACAACUUCCACAGGGCCCAAAUCAACCAAAGCGUCGAGAGAAAACCCGCUGUCUGGGCAGAGAAGAAUGGCGAUGGAGAGAAAAGAGCGGCAGUUGGAGGCAGAGUACCUCAGCUCGUCCAGUGAUUCAUCUAGCGACUCGGAGGAAGAAAUACAGCGGAAACGACGGCGGAAAGUGGUCCGUAAGUCCGACAGCGGCGCGCCACCAAACCGAGUCUGCACCGCAGUACCACUGCUGGACAGGACCCUACCUUUACCCUGUUUGACUAAAGACCUCGACUUGCAAAGUUACUUCCACGAUGAUAAGGCAGCAGGUCAGCAGCUACUUAGUCCAGGGAGCGAGUAUCCGUCAUGCCUGCCGAGUCCUCUGUCACUGGACCGCCUGUCGUCGCCAGAACCGCGGUCCUCACCGUCGGAGCAUCCGGAAUACUCCAGCUCAAGUUCCAGCGAUCUGUCAGACUUUGAAUACAUCCCCGCUCCUGUUUCGUCCAACUCUCGCGAUCUCCCGGCCACCGCGAGAACAGCAAUGCUGACACCGGAAGUAGUCCCAUCGAGAAGGAACACCACUUCUGCGGUUCACCAUCCCGGGAUUUUUCUGCAAAGACAGUGCAGUGUGAGAGAGCAGACAGCUCCGUUGACGGAUGUCCCAUUCCAACAUGGCGGAGCCCAUCCACCGUGUAUGGCGAGACCAGACCCCGACUGCACGGUAGCCCCUACCGAGAGAUACACUGACGGGAUGCCGGCGCAUCCUUGCAAACCUACGCCCCCAACUGGACCACAGGGAGUCCUCUCUUCCGUUCCACCGCCCUUCAUAUUGCAGCUCGAUCCAGCAACGCUGUCCUCCAGUGACAACUCGGACAAGCGAACCAAGACCGAGGAUCCCCUUGUCUUGUCCUCUGCCAGCGAGGAGAAUCGGCGGAACCAUACCUGCGAGAUUCUCGCCGAAUCUCGCCGAGUGGGCGAGAUCUGCAGCUCGCCUGCAUCCCCGUGGUCUAAUUGCAGUCUGAGGUCACCGUAUUUCAACCCUGUGUCACCGCCCAUCCAGCCACCUUAUCCCCAGUUCGGAAAACAACCAAACGAUGCUCGUACGUUCGACUGUGCACCUGCAUUGAUACCUGUUCACUCGAUGUAUUCAGGCAACCCUGUGGAUAGGUAUGCCCCCACCAACCACAAUGGUUUCACACAGCCUCCUCAAGCGUAUAAUACCGACACCAACAAACACAUCCAGCUACCUUCAUUGCACCACAAUCAUCCAGCUUACAUGCAACAACACACAAACUACUAUCCACCAAUCACGCAAGGAGUCGAGCAGCAGGUUGCCCAGGAACAACCAAUGGGGAACCACCAAGUUUUACACCAUGCCAACACGGUUGAGAAAGCUGCAUCAACUGACUUUCUGCCGAUGAGGAGUUUGGAAAGAGCGCCUCCAACAAACAGUAUGCCCACGGGAGCAUCUUACAGUGAGACACACCGUCAGAAUGGGUAUAGCCACGGUAUUUCAGAUGCUCGCUGUCAUGGUUUUAACCCACAGGUUUCUAAUCACUGUACUAUCGCGCCACCACCGCCGAAUAGAUUGUGCACCUCUGUUGCGGAUGUCGCACACCAGUGGACCAUGAAUGUCAACCUUCAUGAACAGUUCGCUCCCUUUGCGAGUAGGCCUGCAUGUAAUUACUGAAAUCCACACGGUAUCGUCACUAACAUGUCACUAAUGUGUCCAGUGAAAAAAAGGAAAACAGGGGUUUGCUCAAAAGACAAAACGGUCUCCGUCUCUUGCGAUUUGAUUUUAACGCCAAUUUCUGUCUACGGUGAGAAUUGAAACUCCCACCAGCUUCCUGCGCGAUUUCACACCGACAAUUGAAACGACAAUGCGGACACAGGAUUGAAGUACAUGUGGAAUUUACACAGUUAAAAUGGCAUUAGCUUUUAUUUAUUGGACUACAAAGCAACCCUGAUACUAAUACAGUGGCAUAUUAAGCGGCGAGUAAAGAGGCUUCCCAAGUGGCAUUUUGUAAUAAUUAAAAUUAACGUAUUAUUUUUGUAAAUAUUUUAAGUGCUUCCACAUCAUAACUCGUAUUAGGAGUAAACAAUUUCGGGGCCGUAUUUAAUUGAAAAGGUUCUUUAUUUUACACCACAAGACCCCAAAACUAAGACGCCUCUUUCCAUGUACUUUGUACUCUACAAAUACACGAUCUACUACACAAAACCUGAAUAAUCGGGCAAACUCGGCCACUUUUUCGCACACUCUCUGAAUUUUGUACAUGUAAUUUGAGCACACACAGUAACGAGUUGCAUAAAAUAAUGUGUUUAAUAUAAAACUGUAAUUGGUUCUCUAUUAACUAACAUGAUUGUCAAGAACAUCACAGCAUCUUGUGUUUAUCAGUACAAGACGUCAUAUAUUGAAAACAGUGACUCCAGCACUUCGGUUCUCUGUAUCCCGACUAUAGACUAGUAACCGGAACGUCAUGCAAUAUUUUGUUUACAAUCUUUUCCCGCUACCGGUUUAGUUGUCUGUAACUAACCCCAGUCUAGAGCCAGACUAUUGGACUACAUCCACCCCUAUAUCCUCUCAACAAAACAACGGUAGACAUUUUUACUUGUUUUAGGUUAAUAUUUUACUUAAGUUUAAUAUGUUGUUACGUAAGCAUAGACCGCUUCACAGAUGCCGCCAUCUUUGUGGUCAAGUGGUAA